CCAUUACAAGGUGACAUUCGAAGCCCACAAGCCCAGACACAAAUAAGAGCGAGCAGGUGGCUCGUCUCUGGCACCCUCCACCGAACCCUAAUUUUGUGACUACCCUACAAAAUUCCUCUUUUUUCUUGCUAUCAAUCGUUCAAGUUUCAGGUAUUUUGCUCUUUGUACAAUGGCAUCUGUAUCUAGCCAGCCCCAGUUUCGGUACACCCAGCCACCAUCUAAGGUCCUCCAUUUAAGAAACUUGCCAUGGGAGUGCACAGAAGAGGAAUUGAUUGAACUGGGGAAGCCCUUUGGUAAAGUGGUGAACACCAAGUGCAAUGUUGGUGCAAAUAGAAACCAGGCUUUUAUUGAAUUCGCAGAUUUAAAUCAAGCAAUUGCAAUGAUAUCAUAUUAUGCCUCAUCUUCGGAGCCAGCUCAAGUCCGGGGGAAAACUGUCUACUUACAGUAUUCCAAUAGGCAGGAAAUAGUAAACAACAAAACUGCUGCAGAUGUAGCUGGGAAUGUACUUUUGGUAACAAUAGAAGGUGCUGAUGCACGCCUUGUCAGCAUUGAUGUUUUGCAUUUGGUGUUUUCAGCUUUUGGAUUUGUGCAUAAGAUUACUACUUUUGAGAAGACUGCUGGAUUUCAGGCACUAGUACAAUUCUCAGAUGCAGAAACUGCUACUUCAGCAAAAAAUGCUCUUGAUGGAAGAAGCAUUCCUAGUUACCUGCUGCCAGAGAAUGUGGGACCAUGUACCCUGAGGAUCACAUAUUCUGGACACACAGAUCUGAGUGUGAAAUUUCAGUCCCACAGAAGCAGGGACUACACUAAUCCUUAUCUUCCAGUUGCUCCCUCAGCUAUAGAUGGAAGUGGUCAGUUCACUGUGGGUUUGGAUGGAAAGAAACUUGAACCUGAAAGUAAUGUGCUGCUUGCUUCCAUUGAAAACAUGCAGUAUGCUGUCACCUUGGAUGUGUUACACAUGGUUUUUUCUUCUUUUGGGCCCGUUCAAAAGAUUGCUAUGUUUGAUAAGAAUGGGGGAGUUCAGGCUUUGAUUCAGUAUCCUGAAAUUCAGACUGCAGUAGUUGCCAAGGAAGCCUUGGAAGGACAUUGCAUUUACGAUGGAGGGUUUUGCAAACUCCAUUUAUCGUAUUCAAGGCAUACUGAUCUCAGUAUAAAGGUCAAUAAUGAUCGCAGCAGAGAUUAUACACUCUCAAAUGUUUCUCCUGUUACCAUGGUGAAUUCCCAGCCAUCGAUUUUAGGCCAACAGCCAUCUAAUGCUCCAUUGAUGACUUCCAAUCCUCCCCAGUAUUCUGGGGCUCAAUAUGCUCCAACUGAGCAGGUUGGGAUGCCACAGCCUUCGGCUGGAUGGGGUGCUGCUGCUCCUCCACCUGCGCCUCAGUCCAUGUCUAUGCCUAUGCCUAUGUCUAAUCAUCCCUACAUGCCGCCUAGACACGGGACCAUGCCUUCUCACCCAGGAACGAUGCACAUGCCAAACCAGGGUGGCCUUUCGCAGACAACAGUAUACCGCCCUGAUCAUAUUCAAUAGCUUCCACCCUCUCAAACAGAUUCCAUGUGUUUGAAUUCCCGUAGUCUUUUGUUCAGUAAAGCAAGCCCACAACACUAGUACAAGGAAUAUGUGGAAAUAAUAGAAUCAUCAUUUCAACUUUGUUUUUUUUCCCAAGUUUGCUUAUGAGAUUCUAUAAGCACAGUGGGCUUGAGAACUGAUGUCUCAAAUUGUGUUGCUCAGCCCUCUUCCUAAUGACUUGUUAAGAUAUUGUUAUUUUGCUAUCCUGGCUGGAAAUUUUUCCCUUUUUAGAGGUUACUAAUUUCAGGGCAAAAAGAGCUUGAUUUCCCUUA